CGGUAUGAGCCCGCGUCCCCGCCCCGUGCGGCGCCGCCUCGGGACUCUGGACUUCAGCGACGUGUCGAUCCCACCCCCGCGAGUGCCGGGCUGAGUGCUCAACUCCACGCAGGAGAAUCCCGAGGAUUCAGAGUAGGAACGAGCAGAAAGUCGCCCUGCGCUCCGGGAGAGCGCAGGACCCGCCCCGCUUAGCAGCGGGGAGACAGGGGAGGCGGCGCCUUGCGUGGAGCCUGGGCCGGGACCGCCCGCGGCGGGUCAGCGGGAGGCAGGAGGGAGGUGCUGCAGCCGGGACUCGACGUCGACGCCCGCACCGCCCGCGAUGGGAAGUGCCUUAUAAAGCCGCCGCCGGAGCAGUCAGACAGACUCUUGGCGACGCCGCCCAGAGAGCGGGCCGCACGUAGCCGCCCCAGAGUGCGCGAAGAGCUAGAGCACAUCCGCGGGGCAUCAACUUCUACCCACCGGGACGCUUAACCGCCUUUGCGAGGAUCGACCGCGUCCCACAGAGAAUCCCUGAUCGCCCCUGCCCAGACCCACUCUGCCCAGGCGGACCCCAGUCGGGGGCCGAGGGCGCCCCCGGCGGCAGGGGCAUGCGCCUCCCGCGGCAUGGCCUCGGCGGUGUUUGAGGGCACGUCGCUCGUGAACAUGUUCGUGCGCGGCUGCUGGGUGAACGGGAUCCGCAGGCUCAUCGUCAGCCGGCGUGGCGAUGAGGAGGAGUUCUUCGAGAUCCGCACCGAGUGGUCGGACCGCAGUGUGCUCUACCUGCACCGCAGCUUCGCGGACCUGGGCCGCCUGUGCAAGCGCCUCCGUGACGCCUUCCCGGAGGACCGGUCUGAACUGGCGCGUGCGCCGCUGCGGCAAGGGCUGCUGGCCAUCAAGGGUGCACAUGACAUAGAGACCAGGCUGAACGAAGUCGAGAAGCUGCUGGAGACGGUCAUUAGCAUGCCGUGCAAGUAUUCUAGGUCUGAGGUUGUCCUCACCUUCUUUGAAAGAUCGCCUCUGGAUCAGGUGUUAAAAAAUGAUAACGUCCAUAAAAUCCAACCCAGCUUUCAAAGUCCUGUGAAAAUAUCAGAAAUCAUGAGGUCCAACGGAUUUUGUUUGGCAAACACAGAAACAAUAGUCAUUGACCACAGCAUACCCAAUGGGAAGGACCAGCUCCUGGAUGCGGACUCCACAGAGCAUUUGUUUGAGAAUGGUGGUGAGUUCACCUCAGAGUUGGAAGAUGGUGAUGACCCAGCAGCUUACGUCACCAACUUGUCCUAUUACCAUCUGGUUCCAUUCGAGACGGACAUUUUGGACUGAGCCUCUCCACAGGGCCUUGUCUGCCUCUACUCUUGACUGCGUGUCCUCUUGCUAUCUACUGUGUACCCCCAAGGGCCAACGCUGCUGUUCAGCCUGGGCCUCCGAGGGCCCUGAAGUUCAACAGGCCUGGGUUUCUAGAAAGCGGAGGAGGCACAAGGGAUCUGGAUGACCACAGGCAGCUCUGAGGGCCUUCUCCCUGCACUCAGCCUGCCUUUUAUGGGACGCACUAUUCCUGCAGAGCAUGCUUCCUCUUGUCUCUGCUGGCUUGGGGAGCAUUCCUCUUGGUCACGUGGCCCUGACUCCCCACUUUUCUCUUGUGUGACAAGGGCACUAAGCUUUUCAAGAGGAUUUUUGGUAAGUUACCAAGUUCUGGACCUCAUGGGCAGGGGAUAUUAAGUAGCUCAGGACUUUCCUGAGAAGAAGGACGUGUGUCUUCUCUUUUUCUUCUUCUUCUUUACAUCUGCUCCCUGGAAACUGGGUUUGGGGUCAGUUGGAAGGAGAGUUUACACAACAUCAAGCUUGGAGAAGAUGGCUGGCUUUAGGGCGGGGAAAACAUUCACAGUCCGGUGCACAUGAACCAGGUGUAAAGUUUUCUUCCAGAGAAGAGAGCUCCCUCCUGCCAGCACCUGUCAGCUCUUCUGCCAGGCGGUGAUGUGGUCACCACUGCUUAGGGUGCUCAAAACCCCUCCUCUGGUAAACUCCAUGGCAUAAGUGCCAUGGUGAACAAGAAAGGAAGGGCUGGGGAGUAAGGGAAGCUUACAGCUUGGACCGCAGAAGGUCUGGGUCCUGCAAGCUCAUGUCUUCACUGUGUCUACUAACGACCAGCACUUGCUAAUGUAAAUAAUAGUAAAUUAUUGAAAAUUCUAAUUCUUUUACACAGUCUGUUUUUAAUCUAUUUUAAUGAAAUAAAAUCUAUUGUUCUACUUUGAUCUAUUGA